GGAAUCCCCACUGUGAGUGGUUUAACCGCACUCUACAUGACCUGUUGCGCUCGCUACCCUCCGACAAGAAGAAGAGAUGGCCUGAACACUUGCCGGAAUUAGUGUAUGCUUAUAACGUGACGCCCCACUCCUCCACGGGAUACUCCCUGUAUUAUAUGUUGUUUGGUACACAACCGCACCUUCCAGUUGAUGCUUUGUUGGGACGGGAGUCUGAGGAAGGUAUGGAAACCAACUGGUUGUCUGUUCACCGGGAGCGACUCCAGGAUGCUCAUGCUAGAGCGAGAGAGUAUGCAGAAAGAAAAGCAGCGGAACGGACUGAACGGCAUAAGAGAGAGGUAUAUUGCCCGGAGAUUGCAGUUGGACAGCAAGUUUACUUGAGGCACCGUCCGGCAGGGAGAAAUAAAAUUCAGGAUGUGUGGGCACCACAGGUGUACGUGGUGAAGAAUGUUCAGGGAACUACCUAUGUGGUGGAACCAGAUGGAGGCGGUGUGGAAAAAAGGGUCCAUCGGUCUCACCUUCAACCUUGUCCACAACCAACCCCAGUGCCAGCACCGCGUAGGAAAGUAAGCUUUGCAAAAGAAGUUGUUAGUCAUUUGCAUGAGGAAAUAUCAGCUCCUACUGACAUUGAGUGUGUAGUUGUGGAGGAGACUUGGCGUACUGCGACAGGGCAAUCAGUGCCUUCAGCAGAUGAAUGUAUGAAACGACCCAGUUCCCAGGUAAAGGAUUUGAUUGCACCUGAGAUUGAAGAACAAGAGAGUGUUGAGGAGACAUUGACUGCAUUGGAGAAGAGUGUAGAUGAAGGAGGUGAUGGCAUGGGGGUGGCAUGGGUCUGGAUACUGUUGAGAAGCGUCCAGUCCCUGCUCAAAGAAGUAAUUUGGCGGCCCCGGUUGAGCCUAGAGUACCCGCCCCGGCGCCACGUCGGUCACAAAGGCAGACUGCGGGUAAGCACGGUAACCCAUACAGCCUGCCUAAGUCAGUUUGCAAUGCAGUCUCCUUCAGCCCAGACAUUUUGUCUCAAGUGUUGGCCGGCAUGGUAAUGUAUACAUCUGAAAAACUAAAAAGUACUGUGGACGGGUAAAAAGGGAAGUCCACGCGGACGUUGACUUAUGGCAGGGGAGAGGGUUGCCGGGGAACAAAGAGUAGUCAUCAUAAGAAUUGCCAGCGGUCAUGCCUAUACGUCAUUAGGGGGCACUCCCGUGCAUCUGAGCAGCACAGUGAGAAAAAUGAAAAGAAAGAGAGUGUUUUAUUUCGGGGGAACGGUUUUUAUGAUUGAGGCAUCCCGGACACGAGUGAGUUGAAGUGCGUGGACUGGAAGCCAACACCGUCUGUUGUUUGGACAGGGAAAAAAUGGGAAUUCCUCGGUUGGGUGUUGGUCUGGUCGCUGAGCAGUUUGGAGCAGUCUGCGAUCACACAGAUUUCGUAUUAAGAGAAAUAUCUGCGUAGAGGAAUCGUGCAGGCUGCGGAAAUCGAGCAGGGGAGAACGAAGGCACGUGAAGGUGCAUGUGAGGUGACAGCUGGGUGAAUUUCUAAUGUGACGCAGCACGCCACAGAGUGAGUAAUAUUGAUUUCAUCCGGUUUUGGAAAAUGUAUAUGUAUACUCAGAGAAAAUGGUCACCAGUUGUUUACUGUUUUGAUGUCAAUGUUAAUUUGAAUUCAUUAAUAAUCUGUUCUUGGAGAAGAAGAUAGUAAUAACAAUGUUAAUAGAGAUGUACGGAGUGUAAAAUGGAUUUACUUGAAUUCAUUUAGUCAAUAGUUAUAAGUGGCUGAUGAGAAUGUAUAUUUGAUUAUAUUCUAUGUUUGUUCUUCCUUUAGAAAGCAUUAUAAGCCACUACCGUUGUUUAUCCAGGGGGUUAAGUGCUCACACCAAUUUAUUUGUACUGUGUUUAAUUUAUUAAUUUAUUUUAUUUUACUUUUUUUUGUUACUGUGGGGCUAUCUUGGUAAAGGGAAAAAAGGGGAAUUGGCGAAACUGGCCUGAAGUUAUUUCGGUAACUGUGAGCACUAUUUGAAGUGCUUAUAUUUUUGGUUUGUUUCUUUAUACCUUUGGGGAAGCUUGUCUUGGUUGUGUUUAUUCUUCACUGUAUACAUUUCAUCGGCACAACUCCCCUUCAUGGAAAACCUUGAGUAUUAAUGCCGCGUCCUCUGCAUACGCGGUCGGAAAUAAAGAACCCCUAGUUUAGAUACUUGGCAGUGUUUGA